UUGUAGCAGAUGUUGUGCUAGUAUUAUUGAAGAUAAAAGAAGCUGUGUCUGAUUUUUCAUUUCUGACUGAAAAAACAAACACAAUGGCUUCCAGCAUCACUGCUUGUACCACAACCUCUUUAGCCGCCCGUGAGGCCCUCCUGCAUAAGGCAUCAGCUCUAUCCCGCCCUUCUGUUCUUGGGUUGCCAUCAAUGAGGAAGAAUGUGGGAAGGGUGAAAUGUUCAAUGGAAAGAGAGGAUUCAAAAUCAGGAAUGUGUGUAUCAUUAGUGGCAGCAACACUAUCAUUCAGCCCAACAGCAAUGGCUUUAGUGGAUGAAAGAAUGAGUACAGAAGGAACUGGGCUUCCAUUUGGGCUCAGUAAUAAUCUUCUUGGUUGGAUCCUUUUUGGAGUCUUUGGUUUGGUUUGGUCUCUUUAUACUGUUUACACUUCUAGCCUUGAUGAGGAUGAAGAUUCUGCAAUGUCCCUUUAAUUUUCAACUUCAGAUUACUAUUAAUUAUUAUGUAAACUCAUGAAUUCUAUUCUAUCAUUUCCUCUCCUACCUUCUUCCAUUGCUAAUUGUACUAUAUACAUACGAAUUACUAUUACUAAUUAUCAUUUAGUGCAUGUUAAAA